AGAAGAACUGUAGCUGGGGAGUCAUGGUGCUGCCGGGGCCCUCCGCCGCCGCGGAAGAGCGGCAGAGAAAGCUCCAGGAGUACCUAGCAGCCAAGGGAAAACUGAAGUGCCAAAACACCAAGCCUUAUCUAAAAGCCAAGAAUAAUUGCCCGAAGCCUCCACCUUCUAAAUUGACUAUUAGACCUAAAAAGGAUGUUACCAACCAUGUUGCUUUGCCUGUCAAAGCUACAAGACCCAUCAGCAUUAAACUUCAGUCCAGACCUGCCAGUAUCACAGGGUCCCAGAGGCCAAAGUUGGAGCCACCAAAACUUCUGGGCAAAAAAAGGCUCACUUCAGAAUGUGCUUCUUCUAACCCAAACUGUAAGCCUUCCGGAAGUAGUCAACAACAGCAUGAAUUUGGAUCAUCCACUACUGGAAAACUGUCAAGAAAAACCAUGGGGUCACUUAAUAUACAGGAAUUGAAAACUACGAAGCAGCAGGUAACACAACAAGGAACUGCUAAAUGUACAGACUCUGUGGACAAUACUCAUGUUGAAAAUGAAUCCUUGGGUAGCUGUCUAAAAGAGAUGAAUAAAGAGAACUUGCCCCAAAUCUUACCAGACUCUGAGAGGAAGCCAAAUCCUGAAUUAGGCACUGUAAGAAAGCCAAAAACUAAUCAAACCAAGAGCAGUAUGGCUCCUACUAAAGAAGUCUUCGGCAAAAGGUCAGUGAAUAGUGCUGUUCUGAAAGAGAGAGUUAAUAAACAAUUUGUUGAAGAAACACAAAUCAGGAUUCCACCAGAGAAGUCUCAGCAACUCUCUAGAGGAACAGAUCUUGCAAGACCAGGGGGAAAACCCCCAAAAACAGUUUCCUCUCACUUUGUCCAGACACUUAACAGGACUCAAGCAUCAAAGAAAACAGUGGUUAAGGACAUAAAGAAUAUAAAGGUUAAUAGGGGUAAGUAUGAAAGACCAAGUGAAACUAAGUUACAGUCAUGCACUGUUACUGAACAGAAAGUAAAACAUAGCAAACCCAGCACAUACCCCAAAGUGCUUCAGAGAGGAUGUAACAACAGACAUCCAAACACAAAGCAAGAUCAUAAACCCACGCAAGCUUGUUGUAGACGUCGGACAUCAUAUGUACUGCAAAAAUCAAAAGCCAUAAGCCAAAGGCCUAAUUUGACAGUUGGCAGCUUUAACUCAGUCAUUCCAAGCACCCCUAGCAUAAGAGCAAAUGGAGCCAAAGGGAAUAAAUGCAACAACAGCUGUCAACAAAAAGCACAGACUUUGGACUCCAAGUUGAAAAGGGCUCUUCCCCAGAACUGUUUUCUAAACAAGACAGCUCCCAGAACUCAAGCUGGUGGCACAACCAUAAAUGGAAGAGGACUCCCAAAUGGGACCCAAACUAAUCCAAAUAAGAAGACCACAGCAGAGGAUCGAAGGAAACAAUUGGAAGAAUGGCAGAAAUCUAAGGGGAGGAUCUAUAAACGGCCUCCUAUGGAACUUAAAACAAAAAGAAAAAUAAUAGAGGAAAUGAAUAUUUCAUUCUGGAAGAGUAUGGAAAAAGAAGAGGAAGAAAAGAAAGCACAACUUGAACUAUCCAGUAAAAUUAACAACACUCUGACAGAAUGUCUGCAGCUCAUUGAACGGGGUGUACAUUCAAAUGAAAUAUUUGCCAUUUUGUCCAGUAUUCCUGAGGCUGAAAAAUUUGCUAAAUUCUGGAUCUGCAAAGCAAAGUUGUUGGCAAGUAAAGGCACCUUUGAUGUUAUUGGGCUAUAUGAAGACGCCAUUAGAAAUGGGGCCAGACCAAUACAAGAGUUGCGGGAAGUUGUCCUUAAUAUUUUGCAAGACCCAGACAGAACCACAGAAGGAAUUACCUCUGACUCUUUAGCUGCUGAAACUAAUAUAACAUCAAUAGAAAUGCUGGCCGAGAAGAUGGAGUCUGGGACGUCUUGUCUUCCUCCAAAAGAGAGGGAACAGGUUUCAGCAACACCCCAAAUAACCAAGUCAGAACAGGAUAAUCAUCCUGGUAUCAAAUUACAGAUCGCCCCGAUCCCUAGAAUAAACGGAAUGCCGGAAGUGCAAGACAUGAAGCUUAUCACUCCUGUACGGCGUUCGGCCAGGAUCGAGCGAGCAGUGUCCCGCUACCCGGAAAUGCUGCAGGAACAUGACCUAGUGGUGGCUUCUCUCAGCGAACUCUUAGAAGUGGAAGAGACAGAGUGUUUUAUAUUCCGCAAAAAUGAGGCUUUGCCGGUAACAUUAGGGUUUCAAGUCCUUGAGUCGUAAUUUCUUGAUUUUUUUUUUUUUUUAAAAGAGAGACGUUUCAGAGCCUCCACGAGACAAGAAAUGCACUUACCUAGGUGGCCUGGGCUUGGAAAGCAAUUCCCUGGGCUUACUCUCAGAUUUUACAUCUCCAUGGGAAAGUUUGGUUAUUUAAGACUGCAGUUUGCCACAGCUUUACAGCAUACCUAAAUUUCAAACUUUGAAAAUUAAC